AACCUCAGACCUGCAGUGAUUGGACAAACAUUGCUACUCUUCCUCCUCUGAUUGGUCCGCGGCCUUGCCCUCGUUCGGGUGCCUCCAUCCAAUCACAGCAUCGCAAAGUUCUGCUGCGGAAGAGGGAUGCGAAGGAGAUGGCUGAACUUAGAUAGCCCUGUGUUUGGGAAUAUCUUCACCAUGGAGCUUCUUUGGAGGAAAGAGGGGGGCCGAGGACGGCUGUUCGUCCUCGCUGUGGUGUUCGGGUGGGGUUUAGGCUCUGUGAGCUGUUUCGGACAGAACCUGGACAGCGAGUUCACGUUUCUGCUGCCAGCCGGAAGAUCCGAGUGUUUCUUUCAGACUGCAGCGAAGAAUGCUACGAUGGAGGUCGAAUAUCAGGUGAUAGCGGGAGCUGGUAUGGAUGUGGACUUCACCGUCCUCUCUCCAGAAGGCAUCCGAGUCGUCACCGAGAGUCGACGCUCCGACGGAGUCCAUGUGGUGGAGCCGACGCAGGAGGGAGACUAUCAAAUUUGCUUCGACAACAGCUUCAGCCGCUUCUCAGAGAAGAUGGUGUUCUUCGAGAUUAUCAUCGAGGGCCAAGGAGGAGAUGUGGGCGGAGAUGAAGAGUGGGCGGGAUUAGAGGAGCCUGACGGAAGCCUUCUGGAGUACAAGCUGGAGGAUAUCCGGGAGUCCAUGGACUCUCUGCACAAACGCCUGGAGCGCAGCCGGCAGAUGCAGACGGUGUUGCGGGCGUUUGAGGCGCGGGACCGAAACCUUCUGGAAGACAACCUGUGGAGGGUCUCGUUCUGGUCCUGCGCCAGCGUGCUGGUGAUGCUGUGUGUGGCCCUGACACAGGUCUACACUGUACGUAAGCUGUUCGAUGACAAGCGGAGGGUCUGCACAUAGAGGCAGCCUGGGAAACCGAAUUAUCAAGAUGUUGAGCUGGCUACCCAUUCAGAUUAUGAUCCAUUAAUUUUUCAACUUUGUCUGCAUUCACUCUGGCAUUCAAAAUCAAUUUAAUGGAUCUUUUUUUUUAUUUUUUUUUUUACUCCUAAUGUGUUGUUUUACAUCAGUUUGUGAGCAAUAAUUAAAUCUAAGUGGACCUCGAAGGUAAACAGAUGAGAAACAAAUUGAGGAAGUUGAAGUUGAAGUCAUUUCAUUUCAUUCAGUGCCUUUAAUGGCAAAUCUUCCCACAAACCAGUGAGGAAAUACCUUUUGAAAGGCACCGCCUACAUAGACAGAACAGUAAAUGUUGUAGUAUAACUGCUGUGGUACAUUUCUGAAACUGACGAAAGAUGUUGGGAAUUUUUCACUAAAACUGAAAAUGACCUUUAAACGUGGGUAGUAUGACACAACUCAGUAGCCGAGCACAGAACUCCUAGUUGCCAGUUUAAAGGGAUGACAGUGUGCAAUAGUGUUGUUGGCGUAUGUUUUCUUCUGACAGUUAACAGUCUUUCCAUAAUACACGAUUAAUAUUAUUAUUUUAUUGUGCCAGUUCGGGUCCAAGCUGACAUGCUGACAAAUGAGAAUGUAGAGUAGGAACGAGGAAUGAUUUUCCAUUAUGAUUGCCAAUAAUGUACGUGUGUCAGUACUCAGACAAAUAUGUAAUAAGUACAACUAUUCAGUGUGAACAUACCGACUGUUAAAUGUGUGUUUGUAUGUGUCUGGUUUUAGUUAUACACGAACAAACUUGCUUGUUUUUUUUUCAUCCAGAUGUGUUUGUGUUAACAGAAUGUGACAUUUUGAUUCUGCUCAGUCAGCUGCUGAGUGUUUGGGUUUUGUUUUGUUUUUUACCAAGGACAGAUUUGCAUUACAUAUUACAUUACAUUACACAAGAGAAUUAUUAAAAAUCAGGUUUUCAUGGGAGUUAUUGAUGUUAAUAAUUGCAUUGUUUGUUUUUUUUGUGUUUUUUUUACACACAAGAUACUUUGUUUGAGGUGAUUUUUCUUUGUAAAAUAAAAACUGGUAAAAAAAAAACAUCUUUU